GAAUGAAUAUUAUACAGAGUGGCUCUACUCACCAAAACACCUAAAAUGACCUAUAUGCCACUAUGAAGAUCUGAUCCAAAGCUGCUUCUUCAUUUGGGGAAAGUAUAGUCAGAAUCAGAGAAAUUCAUUCGUAUUUUUGAUUCUAAAAGCAAAAAAAUUGGAGAAAAAACGAAAGAGAAAUAUGUCAAUGGUUGCGUUUAUUAAGCUGGAGGAUUCUCCUAUGUUCCAGAAACAAGUGAGGUCUCUUGAACAGACUACAGAUGACCUUAGAGAUCGAUGUCAAAAGCUAUAUAAAGGCUGUAAGAAGUACAUGGAAGUUCUUGGAGAAUCACAGAAUGGUGACAUCAUGUUUGCUGAAUCAUUAGAGGCAUUUGGUGGUGGUCUAGACGACCCUCUCAGUGUGUCCCUAGGAGGUCCAAUCAUAACGAAGUUCAUCUCUGCAUUGCAUGAGCUUGCAACAUACAAGGAACUUAUCCGUUCCCAAGUAGAACAUGUGCUGGUGGAUCGUGUGAGCCAGUUUUUGUCUGUUGAUUUACGGGAUGUAAAGGAAUCCCGUCGGCGUUUUGAUAAAGCUGCAUCCACUUAUGACCAGGCACGUGAAAGGUUUUCUUCACUGAAGAAGAAUGCACGGGAUGAAGUUGUUACUGAACUAGAAGAAGAGCUACAUAACUCAAAGUCCACUUUUGAGAGAAGCCGUUUCAAUCUAGUAAAUGCUAUCACGAAUGUAGAAGCCAAAAAGAAGUACGAGUUCUUAGAAUCCUUUAGUGCUAUUAUGGAUUCACAUCUGAGAUAUUUCAAGCUGGGUUAUGACUUAUUGAGCCAGAUGGAGCCGUUCAUCCAUCAGGUUUUGACAUAUGCUCAGCAGUCGAAGGAACAGGCCAGCAUAGAACAAGAUAAACUUGCCAAAAGAAUCCAAGAGUUCAGGACACAAGCUGAGCUUAAUCAUUUGCGGGGAUCUAGUAACCUGGGUACUUCAACUAGUUCUAUAGCCUCAAAUGGUGUUGGUAUGAAUUCAGACAAAAAUAUAGAAGCAAUUAUGCAGUCCAGUGCAGAAGGAGCGGUCCAAACAAUUAAGCAGGGGUAUCUUUUGAAAAGAUCUUCUAGUUUGAGGGCAGAUUGGAAGAGACGGUUCUUUGUACUUGACAGUCUUGGCAAUUUGUAUUAUUACAGGAUCAAGGGUGCACAGAUGGACUCCCCAUCAUCUCACCCUUCUGGUGUUGAUAACCAUAGUAGUGUAUUUGGCAGAUUUCGGACAAGGUAUAGGUCGUCAUCCUCUGGAGAGGAGAAUUUAGGUUGUCGUACUGUUGAUCUUCAUACUUCUACAAUAAAACUGGAUGCGGAGGACACAGACCUGAGGCUUUGUUUCAGAAUUAUUUCUCCAUUAAAAUCUUAUACAUUUCAGGCUGAAAGUGAAGCUGAGCGAGUUGACUGGAUGAAUAAAAUCACCGGAGUAAUUGCAUCCCUUCUGAAUUCUCAUCUACAGAAGUUUGAUGCUAGUAAAAAUGACAUUGAUAGUAGCAACUGUACCUAUGCUGCUUCUUUGAAUGUUCAAGGGGCUGUUAAUGAUGAAAAUGCACUAGCUUCCCUAAGAGUCAAUCAGGCCGAUUCUGUUUCUAAGAUUCUCAGAGAAGUUCCUGGAAAUGACAAGUGCGCUGACUGUGGUGCUUCAGAACCUGAUUGGGCUUCUCUAAAUCUUGGCAUCUUAAUUUGCAUAGAAUGCUCGGGCAUUCAUCGGAACCUUGGUGUUCAUAUCUCAAAGGUAAGGUCCAUAACGUUAGAUGUCAGGGUUUGGGAACCUACCAUCUUGGAUCUGUUCCGCACAUUGGGUAAUUCUUAUUGUAACUCGGUGUGGGAGGAGCUGCUUCUACUUCCAAGUGACGGAUUAACAAAUGUUGAUGCUAUUCAAUCUGCUUCCAAGCCAAGCCCCAAAGAUGCCUUUCAUGAAAAGGAGAAGUACAUUUUGGCAAAGUAUAUUGAAAAGCAGGUUGUGAAUAAAGAAGCUUUUGCACCUUACAACAAUUGUGCCACACUCAUUUGGGAAGCAGUUAGGAGUAAUAACGUGAAGGACGUGUACCGAAUUAUUGUAGUUUCAGAUGUGAAUGUAAUCAACACUACCUAUGAUGAGGUCGAGGGUGCUACAAUGUAUCAUGAAAUUCAUGAAAAUGAUUCAAAACUAGGCUUUCAGGAUUCCCAAAAGAAACAUCAAAACCCAGCAGCCUGUCAGGGAAUCAAGCUUUGCCUUCAAGGCUGUUCUUUGUUACAUCUAGCCUGCAACGGGGAGACUCCAGUGAUGCUUGAACUUCUGCUGCAAUUUGGUGCAGAUAUAAAUAGGCGUGAUUUUCAUGGAAGGACUCCUCUACAACAUUGCAUCUGCAAUGGGAGACACCACUUGGCUAAAUUUUUGCUUAGAAGAGGUGCUCGUGCAUCAAUCAAGGAUUAUGGUGGACUCAGCACCCUGGAUAGGGCCAUGGAGAUGGGUGCAAUCAAAGAUGAGGAGUUAUUUGUCUUGCUUACCAAGAGUGAGUGAAAUGGGCAGGUGUUUUUAAAUGGUAGUUCUACAUGCUUUUCUUCUUCAUUUGUAAAGCAUGUUGUUCUAUAAAUGCUUAGCAUUUUCUCCUCUAACGCAUUGAAAUUCAAUUCGUCUCUCCUCCUUGCCUUCUCUCCGGUUUUCCUUUUUGAUGUUGCGUGAAGUUCCUGAAAGGAACAAGAAUCAGUGCAUAGUUUUACAAAUCCUUUUGACACUUGAUUAUUGAAACUACUACUGUAAUGUUGGAGUAAAUUUAUUGAAGUUUUAAUGAUCAGGGGUGGCAAAUCUGCA